GAAUCUUUUCUUAUGGAAUAGGGCAAAGGCCAACUAGAAAGAAAACAAUUCACUCAUUUAUGCCUUACUUACUAACGUCUAACAGUAACUGAUAAAUCUACAUCGCAACAGCCCCAAAUGGCUCCUAAACUCAAAUUGAUCUACUUCAAUGCCCGUGGCAGAGCUGAAGUCUCAAGAUUACUUUUGGCCUUGGGUGGUCAAGAAUACGAAGAUGUGAGAAUUCCAAUAGAAAAUUGGCCUGAAGAAAAACCCAAAACUGUCUUUGGUCAAGUGCCAAUGCUGGAAGUUGAUGGUGUGCGAUAUGCUCAGAGUGUAGCUAUUGAAGCCUACUUAGCCAGAGAAUUAAAUUUAUAUGGUGAGUCAAAUUUAGACCAGCUGAAGAUAGAUCAAGUUGUUCAACUUAAUCAGGACUACAGAGCUAAAGCAGUGACUGGACUUAAAGAGACUGAUGAAGCACGAAAGGCUGAGCUGAUAAAGAAAGUGAAAGAGGUGGAGUCGCCCUUGUAUCUGGGAUUCCUUGAGAAACUCUUGAAAGAGAAUGGCACUGGUUAUUUUGUUGGAUCAUCACUUUCAUAUGCAGACAUAAGCACAUACGACAAUAUUUACGCUUUCUCCGUCCGAGGUCCAUUACUCAGCAGACCUGGGGAUGACUACCCUCUUCUGAAAGAACUCUUCAACAAUGUUGAAAAUAAUGAGCGCAUCAAAGCCUACCUGGCCAACCGCAAGCAAACAGAUAUUUACCCACAACAACAAAACACCAACAUGAAGCUAAUAUAUUUUGAUGCUAGAGGACGUGCUGAGAUUUCCCGCCUUCUGUUGGCGGCCGCGGGAAAAGAAUACGAAGACGUCAGACUACCCCGUGAUCAAUGGACGGCAGAAAAGCCAAAUACCCCUUUUGGCCAACUCCCAGUUCUUGAAGUAAAAGGCAAAAGAUUUGGCCAGAGUUUGGCCAUUGCGAUGUUUCUAGCCCGAAAGCUUGGAUUCUAUGGGAAAGACGAGCUGGAUGGGCUAGCCGUUGACCAAGUGGUGCAGUUGUCCAUUGAUUUCGGCUCAGCUCUGGGAAGGAACCGUCGAGAGAAGGACGAGGCCAAAAAGGCUGAACUCCUGAAACAAACCAAAGAGGUGGACGUGCCGAAAUUCGUCACCUUCUACGAGAAAAUUUUGAGAGAGAAUGGAACAGGAUAUUUUGUUGGUGAUUCACUUACACUUGCCGACAUAGUGGUGUUUGACCAAAUGGAAGCCCUAGUACAGCGAGGAAUGCUAAAUAUAGAACAGUACCCUCUAGUUCAGACUUGGAUCGAAAAAGUAAAAAGUAACGAAAAACUUCGAGCCUAUUUGGAAAGCAGAAAACCAUCUGAGCAUUAGAUGUAUUUAAUAUUUGUUUAACGAUGUUUGACGGAAUGUGAGGCUGCCUUGAAGUACAAUAUACAUUCCAUAAAACUGCUUUAACAGUAUUUUUUACAAAUCGUUGUGAAGGUUACAAAUUUGUAUUG